UCUGCUUUGGUGGCAGCUGGGAUUCUGCAUUUGGAGAUGUUUGGGCUGGGCAAACAAAUUAGCCGAGACCAGCCUCAUUAGGAAUUCACAUGGGUACCCAUCCUGCCUCAGCAGGAAUAAGAUGCUGACUGCUCUGUUUCUGGACCCCAAGCCCUCCCCAGCAUGGGAUAUACACUGAAACCUCCUCUUUAUUUCUGCUUGCACAGCCUGGCAGCCUCCAAGGAAGCUGAAGCAGCAGCUCGAUCUGCCCCCAAACCCAUGUCUCCUUCCGAUUUCUUGGAUAAGUUGAUGGGGCGAACUUCAGGAUACGAUGCCAGGAUCAGACCAAAUUUUAAAGGCCCACCAGUGAACGUCAGCUGCAACAUUUUCAUCAACAGCUUUGGUUCGAUUGCAGAAACAACUAUGGAUUACAGGGUGAACAUCUUCCUGCGGCAGCAGUGGAACGACCCCCGGCUGGCCUACAACGAGUACCCUGACGACUCCCUGGACCUGGACCCCUCCAUGCUGGACUCCAUCUGGAAGCCUGACUUGUUCUUUGCUAACGAGAAAGGGGCCCAUUUCCAUGAGAUUACCACGGACAACAAGCUGCUGAGGAUCUCCCGGAAUGGCAAUGUCCUCUACAGCAUCAGGAUCACGCUGACUCUGGCCUGCCCCAUGGACCUGAAGAACUUCCCCAUGGACGUACAGACGUGCAUCAUGCAGUUAGAAAGCUUUGGCUACACAAUGAACGAUCUCAUAUUUGAGUGGCAAGAGAAAGGAGCAGUGCAAGUUGCUGAUGGGCUGACAUUGCCUCAGUUUAUCCUCAAAGAAGAAAAAGACUUGAGGUACUGCACCAAGCACUACAACACAGGCAAGUUCACCUGCAUAGAAGCUCGUUUCCACCUGGAGAGGCAGAUGGGCUAUUACUUGAUCCAGAUGUACAUCCCCAGUCUUCUCAUUGUCAUUCUGUCCUGGAUCUCCUUCUGGAUCAAUAUGGAUGCUGCACCUGCUCGUGUGGGCCUGGGGAUCACCACCGUGCUCACCAUGACCACACAGAGCUCUGGCUCCCGAGCAUCACUGCCCAAGGUGUCCUACGUGAAGGCCAUAGACAUCUGGAUGGCAGUGUGCUUGCUGUUUGUGUUCUCUGCACUUCUGGAAUACGCUGCCGUCAACUUCGUGUCUCGGCAGCACAAAGAGCUGCUCAGGUUCAGGAGGAAGAGGAGGCAUCAUAAGGAGGACGAAGCUGGUGAAGGCAGGUUCAACUUCACUGCCUACGGGAUGGGGCCAGCUUGCCUACAAGCCAAGGAUGGCAUCUCUGUCAAGGGAGCCAACAACAACAACACGGCCAACCCGGUGCCGCCGCCGUCCCGCUCCCCUGAGGAGAUGAGGAAGCUCUUCAUCCAGAGAGCCAAGAAAAUUGACAAGAUCUCCCGCAUUGGCUUCCCCAUGGCCUUCCUCAUCUUCAACAUUUUCUACUGGAUCAUCUACAAGAUUGUCCGCAGAGAGGAUGUGCACAACCAGUGA